UCCAGCCGCCCCCACCCCACCCCCGCCCCCGCCACCACCCGGCCUGAGCUGGAAGGCAGCCUGUGCUUGGAAUCCAGACGGAUGGGCUGUGGCUGGGCUGAGCAAGGGUCACCUUAACCAUCAGAUCCCAUUACCCACUGCACAGACGAUGCUGUCAGACGUGGAGCGGUCGAUUGAGAAUCGGCGAAAAUACCAAACCAGCCAGGCAGCUACUGAAUCCAAUCUCUGUGGCAGAUGCUGCUGGAGCCAGAAAGUCAAUGGGCGCCAACCGAGGCGGACGGUCCAGAGGUCGGCAUCCGGGCUGGGCCUCUCGUGGUCUGCGGGACGCUGAGCAAGUUACUUAACCUCUCCGAGCCCUCCUUCCCUCAUCCAUAGGCAGGAGAGAAAACGCUUAAAUUCCAGGAUUGCCAGGAGGCGGGGGCAGAUAGAGCUCCGUGUCAACAAAUAUCCUUCUACUCAUUUUACAUCCCCUUUUUGUCAAGGGGGGAUGGACAGGAGUGGGGACGGGGGCAUUUCAUAAGGCAGCUGAAGGGGUCCCACAGUUUGGAAAAAGGUGGAGACUGCCACUCCCUAGAAGCUGGGCCUGGCCAGGCCUGGUUUGCAAAAAUUGUUCUCAUUUCAGGGCAAAAGAUGAGAGGGCAGAGUAGUCACUAAGGACAGCCUUAAAACCCACGAGCUUCGGGAUUCACGGACCUGACUGCACAUCUGAAAUCUGGAGACAAAUGUCGCUCGUGUCCUGCCUUCCUCCCCAGUGUCUUAGGCUGAGCUGGGUGAAGAGCGCCUUAAUUUCACCAAUUUAGAGCAAUUUGAGGCAAGUCCCUGAGCCUCGGUUUCUUCAUCUGUAAAAUGGGUGUUAUAACACCCACUUCCCAGAGGCAGUGCAGGGAUGGGUUGCCAUAGUGCCUGUGUCACCUGGCACAGGGCUGACAAAUGACAAAAAAAGGUGAACUGCCCGUCCCCUCUCUUCCCCUGCUGCUGAGUCCAGUCCUCGGUGGGGCACCGUCACAGAGAUGUCACGUUACCCCAGCAAGUCGCUUCCUGCUUGCUCCCUCAGUUUCCCUGGCAGUGGACAGUUCCCCACCAACGACACAAGCCAAGAGGCGGGAUCCAGCAGAGCGCUGAGGGGAAAGGAAAAAGUCAACCCCGAGAAAACCGGUCAGCAUUUAUUCGGAGAACGUUCUUGGUGGAUUUAAAAGGAAUUAGUGUGCCUUGGCUCACUCCAGAUGCCACCCGGCUCUAUCUUUAGAAACUUCUAACCGAGGGAAGGUUCCAGGGAUGUGAGCAUCCCUGUUCUCCAAGGUUGACUCUAUAAAUACCCUCCCAGUCGGCCUCGGGAGCUCUGUCCUCCGACCCAGAAAUAGCCCCUUCAGUCAGCAGUCCUGGAAGCAGCCCUUAGCCCAGAGCCCUAAGAAGUAUGGGCGCCGAGCGGGGCCCAGGGCCGCCACACGCCGCCUCCCCCACGGCCACGCACGGCUCACCGUGCUGCUCGGCUUUGCUGCAGAGCCCGGGAGCGGGGAGGAAGCAAGCAAACAGAAAAUCCAGUCACUGUCCCAGAGCGUGGGGGACAGAAGCUGGGGGACGGGGAAGGCAAGGCCCCGGCCGGACGGCUGAAUGCUCCCUGCUCCCGUGACUGUUCUCGGAGCUUCUGCUCGGCACCCGGCGGCACACCAGGCCGGGAGGCGCCUUCGAAGGCCAACGGGCCUGACACAGAGGCCGGUGGGCAGUGCUCUCUCCUUCCGGGAGGCCUAGAAACCCCAACACCGUAGUGAUUUGAUUCGGGGAAGUGGAGCCUGACUAGGAAAGGGGGACAUCCUCGGAAAAGCAAGGAAACCGACGUCAUUUCCUCAGGUCUGUUGGUAGCUGCCUCCCGCUUUGCACAUUUCUGCCAAUGAGCCCGGAGAGGAGCGCCUGCCGUUCGAAUGAUGCCUGAAGUGCGCCAGGCCGGCUCUGUAUUGAAGGAUCAGCUCCCGGACCACAGUCAAGGUGACUGUGGAGCCCUGUGGCCUCAGCAAGACCCUUCACCUCCAGAUGUCUCCGUGUUUGCCUUGCAACUGGAGGCUCAUCAGUCCAGCAGCUGUGAGCAUCUGAAGAGCUAAUGUUUCUAAAACAGCACAGAGCAGCUGCUCGAUAAAGGACGAAAAGCAAUUGCGAGGCACGAUCUUGGAGACGUCGCGGGUUUAAUACGUGCCUGCAGGUCGGCCCAUGCACUCAGCUCCCGUCACUAACUCCGCUUCCCCGGGAAAGGCCUUCGAUUCAUGCAGACGACCCAUUCCCAGGCCAGGGCCACCGCACAUGCCCACGGCCACGCGCCUCCCUCGAGGCCCAGCCUCCCGCCCUCUUGGAACUUUGGGGUUCAUUUCGUGACUUGGACCCGCAGACUUGAGCUCCUAUUUGGAGGGGUGGACUGUCAGCUUCGAAACCCGGUGUCACGUUACAGAAAUCACAGGCUUGUUCCUGAGCCACUGCGGGUAGAAUUAAAUAGUCAGCAAGACUGCAGGGUUAAAAGUCAAGAAAGCAAUUUUUUAAAAAACUGAUCUCAACUCAUUCUGUAAUAUUUCCUAUUUACAUUGAAGAAAUGUCAAUUCUUGGCUUCAGGCCUCACGAGAGACCAAGGAUUGAAUGAUGCUUAUGAGACAGAUAUAAAUCUUUGAUAAGACAAUAACCGCAGAGAGGGACAUGCCUGGAAACGUUAAGUGGGUUCGAUUCGGUCACAGCUCUCUCCUGCGGCCCUGACUUGACUCACAAACAUCUGGAUGUCCUGCUCAGUCACGUUCCCUGUAUCUGGUGAGGAGGGUGGCCUGUGUGUGACGCGGGCACUUUGCGUCUGGGCCUCUUGGGCACCAUGGGUAAGAGCAGUCAGAAGUGUGCUAAUUGUUCUUUUAUUUGUACUUUGGUCCCCAAAGCUUAAACACUCAGUUGGCAUUUGUCUUCGUGCCGGAUGUAGCCGUGGCUGUACCCAAAGGCACCGAUUCUGUCUACAGCUUCCCUGCCCGCACAGCCACGUGCAUCACAGACCAGGUCACCUGCUGAGCAUCCCAGUGGCAUCUAGGAAUCAAGGCAAGAGCCCAGGGCAAGAACUGGACAUAAGGAAGGACUGCCAAGCCUUGGCCAGACUCUCGACCUCUUUGUCAGUUUCUCAAACCGUACCCAGGAUCUCGGGUUUGGGAACGAGACUGGUAAGAAGUCCUACUCUGGAGCAGAACGUGCAAUUGGGACAAGACUUAGGAGUUGGGCAGCGAUUCUGAUGAUGAUGCCUUCAGGCAAAGAACCACGUGGAGGGACACAGGUCAGGGCAGGGGACCUGUGGGUCUAACUCGCAAGAGUCUACAAAUUCAGGUGUCAUCAAACUGUCCAAGUCGUGAGGUUCAACCUGCUGCAAAGUGUCAGAACUGUGAAGUUCAACCACCUUUAUGAUUUAUUAAUGACCACUGAUGGCUGGGACCAAAACACAGAUGGAAGAGAACAAGUGACCAGUGGAUGGACUUGUCUAGCGUGAGGCUCAAAAGCACUUUGUUCUUUUUUCUCCCUCCCUGGGAGAGCCAUUAGAUGUCCUUCAGUUUUCCGGUGGGAAGCAGAGAGAGGACUCUGCUGUGACAUGUGUCCUGGCAGCCAGGGCUCAGGCCUCACAAGCCUGAGGUGCCCGGCAUUGGUGGCUGAAGCCGUGGACUUUUGAUAGCCAUCACACUCCUCACAAUUACAAAUACAUUCCUUCCCCUCCGAACCUGGGAGGAUGGGGCCCAGCCCUCCCCACCGCCCAGCUAAUUGCUGAGGGAGCUGCCAGGGUCCUGCCCGGGACAGAAAACAGAGAGUGGGGAGCCCCUCGGGGAAGGCUGGAAGGGGUUCCGAUAAUCGACAGCACAGCCCUCAUCAAUCUCGGAUCCUCAUCGGUCUGUGGCCUAUUAAGCUCUCCCUGUCUGUCAAUAACCCAUUAUUGCUCUCUUGCUGAGCUCUCUGAGGCUAGCUUCCAUUUGGCCAGAGAAAAAUAAUGAUUGUUUGUUUAUUAGUUGGGAGGAGAUGUCCAGCCACAAACGUGCAUUGGUCCAAAGCCAGUUUCUGUCGAGCUCUCCCGUGGCCCAAGCCCUCCCUGCUAGAACCCUGUACUGGUGGAUCCAGAGGCUGAAAUCUGUCCCGAGCAGGUGGCUCAGGGGCUACCAGGAUCUACGGAUCUUUCCACACAGCCAAGAGCACACCAGCAGCCCUGACUCAUUCCUUAGCCGCUGCUAGGUAGGUGGGGUGCCGCCAUGCCACACAAGGUAAUAUGACAAAGGGACCCAGGCUGGUCUGGCCAUGGCCUGGAGCCUUUCCCGCUGAGCUCUGGGAGGCCUCGGCUGGAGGCUGCUGGCUGAGAGUCUGGCAACCAUUCGGAGUCAGGGUCACCAGGGCUGGGCUGGGCUGGGCGUGAGCACCCACUUCCCGUUUCCCUCUGCUGGCCCUCUGCCCCCAGCCUCUCUCCACCGCCUCCCUCAGCAAGGUCAUACUGACGGGGUGCAAAGCCCAGUUCUGCCACUUAUGAGCGGUGAGAUCUCGGCAAAUUGUUUGACUCCUCUGAGCCUCGAGGGGCUCCUCUAAUAAACAGGAAUCUUGCGACUGUGCCACGGGAUCGACAUGAGAUGACAUAUGAUGUCGACCAUCUUACCAUUGUUCUGAGGACAUUAGCAUCCCUCACCACCCCCAGCAUUGGUGCAUCCUGUUCUGGAGGAUCAGGAGGAGUUCAGCUGAGUCCAGAGGUGGUAACAAACGACCCCGAAUCCGCAUGGUUUACAGCAGCCAAGAGUUCGGUCUUUCUCACACUCACAUUCAUGGGGGGUCUGCAGAGCUCGGUUCCAUGUCGCCUUCACUCCAGGACCAAGGCUGACGGACAGCAGUCCCACCCGGCCGAGGAAGAGGCAAUGGUGGGAGCUGUCACGGGGCGCUUCAGGCAUCUGCUUGGACCCAGCACACGUCGUUUCCACUACAUUUCGCUGCCUGAGGGACCAGCCUGCCUCAGUGCAGCAGAAGUCAGAACCCUCCCUCAGGGGUGGGCCAUGAAUGUCUUGACAAUACGUACUCUGCCCCAUAAUAAAGCCUUACACCUGGGCUUCACAACUCUAGUCCACCCCUCUUGCUCUACAUGUGUGGGGAAGAAAGCCCAGAGACGGGAGGCGAUGUGCCUGACGUCACACAGCAGUCAGGGGAAGACAAGCACGCGGAUGACCUUCCAGUUCAACGGGAGCAGGACCCGAAUAGACCCCUAGCUCUGUCAUUCUAGGCAAAUCCUUUCCGGCCUGAGCUUUGGCUCGCCUUUCUGGAAUAUGGGGGGAUAGCGUCGACUUCCCGGCAGGGACGUUUGGAGGGAUGGGUAAGACUUCGUAAGGUACCACACUCAGUGUCUGACACAGAGGAGCCUCUUAAUACACAUCUGUUCCCGUGUCUUCCCUCCGUGUCAACAGCCCCAAACUCCUUCACCUCAUCCCCCUAUGCUCUCUGCCUCCAAGCCCGCCUCUUCUUCAUUUAGAAGUCGAGAGAAACAGAAAUUUUAA